AUGCACCAGCAGCCGCAGCCCGAGCAGCACCCUGAAGAGGUGAACUAUGCAAGCAGCACCAGGAUUCCUCUCCCUGGUGACGGACCAGCUAUUCAGUCAAACAGUUCAGCACCAUCCAAGCAAACUGUUCUAUCUUGGCAAGCUGCAAUCGAUGCUGCUAGACAAGCAAAGGCUGCCCAAAACAUGAGUACCACCACAGCCCAGCCUGUAGGAUCUCUGUCCCAAAGAAAACGCCAGCAAUAUGCCAAGAGCAAAAAACAGGGUAACACGUCCAAUAGUCGGCCACCCCGUGCCCUUUUCUGUUUAUCCCUCAACAAUCCAAUACGAAGAGCCUGCAUUAGUCUAGUAGAAUGGAAACCAUUUGACAUAUUUAUACUACUGUCUAUUUUUGCCAAUUGUGUGGCCUUAGCUGUUUACAUCCCAUUCCCAGAAGAUGAUUCUAAUUCAACUAAUCAUAAUUUGGAAAAAGUAGAAUAUGCCUUCCUGAUAAUUUUUACAGUUGAAACAUUUUUGAAGAUUAUAGCAUAUGGAUUAUUAUUACACCCCAAUGCAUACGUUAGAAACGGAUGGAAUUUAUUGGAUUUUGUAAUAGUAAUAGUAGGAUUAUUUAGUGUAAUAUUGGAACAAUUAACCAAAGAAACAGACGGUGGCAGCCACUCAGGUGGCAAACCUGGUGGCUUUGAUGUCAAAGCCCUAAGAGCCUUUCGUGUACUGCGACCUCUCCGACUCGUAUCAGGAGUGCCCAGUUUACAAGUUGUCCUGAACUCCAUUAUAAAAGCCAUGGUCCCCCUCCUCCAUAUUGCCCUUUUGGUAUUGUUUGUAAUCAUAAUCUAUGCUAUUAUAGGAUUGGAACUUUUUAUUGGAAAAAUGCACAAAUCUUGUUUUCUUAUUGAUUCAGAUAUUCUAGUUGAAGAUGAUCCAGCACCUUGUGCAUUCUCAGGGAACGGCCGUCAGUGCGUCAUGAACGGCACCGAAUGUAAGGGUGGAUGGGUUGGACCCAACGGAGGCAUAACCAACUUUGACAACUUUGCAUUUGCAAUGCUGACUGUGUUCCAGUGCAUAACCAUGGAGGGAUGGACUGAUGUGCUCUACUGGGUAAAUGAUGCAAUAGGAUGUGAGUGGCCAUGGAUCUAUUUUGUUAGUCUUAUCAUCCUUGGCUCAUUUUUCGUACUUAACCUGGUUCUUGGUGUACUUAGUGGAGAAUUUUCCAAAGAAAGGGAAAAAGCCAAGGCCCGAGGGGACUUCCAGAAGCUACGUGAAAAACAGCAGCUUGAAGAAGACCUGAAGGGAUAUUUAGACUGGAUUACCCAGGCAGAAGACAUUGACCCAGAGAAUGAUGAAGAGGCUGAUGAAGAAGGCAAGAGGAACACGAGCAUGCCCACCAGCGAGACCGAGUCGGUGAACACGGAGAACGUCAGCGGGGAAGGGGAGAGCCCGGCGUGCUGCGGGAGCCUGUGUCAAACUAUCUCAAAAUCCAAGUUCAGUCGACGCUGGCGUCGCUGGAACCGCUUUAACAGAAGAAAAUGUAGGGCUGCAGUAAAAUCUGUCACAUUUUAUUGGCUUGUUAUUGUCUUGGUCUUUUUGAACACGUUAACUAUCUCAUCAGAGCAUUACAAUCAACCUGACUGGCUGACCCAGAUCCAAGAUAUCGCAAAUAAAGUUCUUCUGGCUUUAUUCACCUGUGAAAUGUUAGUAAAGAUGUACAGCUUGGGCCUACAGGCCUAUUUUGUUUCUCUCUUUAACCGCUUUGAUUGCUUCGUUGUUUGUGGUGGCAUUGUUGAAACCAUUUUGGUGGAGUUGGAAAUUAUGUCACCCCUUGGAAUUUCAGUGUUUCGCUGUGUUCGUCUCCUGCGUAUUUUUAAAGUAACAAGGCACUGGGCAUCCCUGAGCAACUUGGUAGCAUCCUUGUUAAACUCAAUGAAGUCCAUUGCUUCACUGUUGCUUCUGCUUUUCCUCUUCAUCAUAAUCUUCUCGUUGCUUGGAAUGCAGCUGUUUGGAGGCAAAUUUAAUUUUGAUGAAACUCAAACAAAACGGAGCACCUUCGAUAAUUUUCCACAAGCCCUUUUAACUGUAUUCCAGAUCCUAACAGGGGAAGACUGGAAUGCUGUCAUGUAUGAUGGCAUAAUGGCAUACGGUGGUCCCUCAUCCUCAGGCAUGAUCGUCUGUAUAUAUUUCAUUAUCCUCUUCAUCUGUGGUAACUAUAUCUUGCUAAAUGUCUUCUUGGCCAUUGCUGUGGAUAACUUGGCAGAUGCUGAAAGUCUAAAUACAGCUCAGAAAGAAGAAGCUGAAGAAAAGGAAAGGAAAAAGAAUGCGAGAAAGGAGAGUCUGGAAAAUAAAAAAAGUGAGAAGUCAGAAGGGGACCAAAAGAAGUCCAAGGAUAGUAAGGUGACAAUUGGAGAAUAUGGAGAAGGAGAGGAUGAGGAUAAAGAUCCCUAUCCCCCCUGUGAUGUACCAGUAGGUGAAGAUGAAGAGGAUGAGGAGGAUGAGCCAGAGGUACCAGCAGGCCCACGUCCCCGGAGGAUAUCAGAGCUCAACAUGAAGGAGAAGAUAACACCUAUCCCUGAAGGGAGUGCCUUCUUCAUCUUCAGCAGCACCAACCCAAUUCGAGUGGGAUGCCACAGACUUAUCAAUCACCACAUCUUUACCAAUCUCAUCCUUGUCUUCAUCAUGCUGAGCAGUGUUUCCUUAGCAGCAGAAGAUCCAAUUCGCAGCCACUCUUUUCGAAAUAAUAUACUUGGUUACUUUGACUAUGCUUUCACAGCCAUCUUUACUGUUGAAAUCCUGUUAAAGAUGACAGCAUUUGGAGCAUUCCUUCAUAAAGGGUCUUUCUGCAGGAAUUAUUUUAAUUUGCUGGAUUUGCUGGUUGUGGGCGUUUCUCUGGUCUCAUUUGGGAUUCAAUCAAGUGCUAUCUCAGUCGUGAAGAUUCUGAGAGUUUUAAGAGUCUUGAGGCCUCUAAGGGCAAUAAACAGAGCAAAAGGACUUAAGCACGUUGUUCAAUGUGUCUUUGUGGCUAUCAGAACUAUUGGUAAUAUCAUGAUUGUCACAACUCUGCUGCAGUUCAUGUUUGCUUGUAUUGGGGUGCAGCUGUUUAAGGGUAAAUUCUACAAGUGCACUGAUGAGGCCAAGCAGAACCCCGAGGAAUGCCGAGGGAUUUACAUCGUUUACAAGGAUGGAGAUGUCGACAGUCCCAUGGUCAAAGAGAGGGUCUGGCAAAACAGUGAUUUCAACUUUGAUAAUGUCCUGUCUGCUAUGAUGGCCCUGUUCACAGUCUCCACCUUUGAAGGCUGGCCAGCGCUGCUCUACAAAGCCAUUGAUUCAAAUGGCGAGAAUGUAGGACCUGUGUACAACUACAGAGUGGAGAUCUCCAUCUUUUUCAUCAUCUAUAUCAUCAUUAUUGCUUUCUUUAUGAUGAACAUAUUUGUUGGUUUUGUGAUUGUUACAUUCCAAGAACAGGGAGAGCAAGAGUACAAGAACUGUGAGCUGGACAAAAAUCAGAGGCAGUGUGUGGAGUAUGCCCUGAAGGCUCGUCCUCUCCGCAGAUAUAUUCCAAAAAAUCCUUACCAGUACAAGUUCUGGUAUGUGGUGAAUUCUACUGGGUUUGAAUACAUCAUGUUUGUCCUCAUCAUGCUGAACACCCUUUGCUUGGCUAUGCAGCACUAUGGACAGUCUAAGCUAUUUAAUGAUGCCAUGGACAUUAUGAAUAUGGUUUUCACAGGAGUGUUCACUGUUGAAAUGGUUUUGAAACUGAUUGCAUUCAAACCCAAGAUUUUUGUAAGAAAAAAGGAAAGAUGGCUAGGCUAUUUUAGUGAUGCCUGGAAUACGUUUGACUCCCUCAUCGUUAUUGGCAGCAUAGUAGACGUCGUUCUCAGUGAAGCUGAUCACUAUUUCACUGAUGCAUGGAACACUUUUGAUGCCUUAAUUGUUGUUGGUAGCGUCGUUGAUAUUGCUAUAACAGAAGUUAAUCCAAAGCCAACUGAAACAGUCACAACUGAUGAGUCUGGGAACUCUGAGGACAGCGCUCGGAUCUCCAUCACCUUUUUCCGUCUCUUCCGUGUGAUGAGGUUGGUGAAGCUGCUGAGCAGAGGAGAGGGAAUCAGAACAUUACUCUGGACAUUUAUCAAGUCAUUUCAGGCCCUGCCUUACGUUGCCCUUCUGAUAGCCAUGCUGUUCUUCAUCUAUGCUGUCAUUGGAAUGCAGGUAUUUGGAAAAGUGGCCAUGAGGGACAACAAUCAAAUAAACAGAAACAACAAUUUUCAGACUUUCCCCCAAGCUGUGCUUCUUCUCUUCAGGUGUGCAACUGGAGAAGCCUGGCAGGAAAUCAUGCUGGCAUGUUUGCCUGGAAAGCGCUGUGAUCCAGAAUCUGAUUAUAAUCCUGGGGAAGAAUACACAUGUGGAAGCAACUUUGCCAUCAUUUAUUUUAUCAGUUUUUACAUGCUCUGUGCAUUCUUGAUUAUAAACUUAUUUGUGGCUGUCAUUAUGGAUAAUUUUGAUUAUUUGACACGUGACUGGUCUAUUCUGGGCCCCCAUCAUUUGGAUGAAUUCAAAAGAAUAUGGUCAGAAUAUGACCCUGAAGCAAAGGGAAGGAUAAAGCACCUCGACGUGGUGACGCUGCUGAGACGGAUUCAGCCACCGCUUGGUUUUGGCAAGCUGUGCCCUCACCGAGUGGCCUGCAAGAGGUUAGUAGCCAUGAACAUGCCACUGAACAGUGAUGGGACUGUCAUGUUCAACGCUACUUUAUUUGCUUUGGUUAGGACUGCUCUAAAGAUAAAAACAGAAGGUAACCUGGAGCAAGCCAAUGAAGAACUCAGAGCAGUCAUAAAGAAAAUAUGGAAGAAAACGAGCAUGAAAUUGCUUGACCAAGUUGUCCCUCCCGCCGGCGAUGAUGAGGUAACCGUGGGGAAGUUCUAUGCCACCUUCCUGAUACAGGACUACUUUAGGAAAUUCAAGAAACGCAAAGAACAAGGACUGGUGGGGAAAUAUCCUGCGAAGAACACCACCAUUGCCCUGCAGGCAGGACUAAGGACACUUCAUGAUAUUGGCCCAGAAAUACGCCGAGCUAUUUCCUGUGACUUGCAAGAUGAUGAACCAGAGGAAAACAAUCCAGAGGAGGAGGAAGAUGUUUAUAAAAGGAAUGGUGCCCUCUUUGGCAACCACAUAAACCACAUUAGCAGUGACAGACGAGAUUCAUUUCAGCAAAUCAACACCACGCACCGUCCCUUGCAUGUCCAGCGGCCUUCAAUUCCCUCUGCAAGUGAUGCUGAGAAAAACAUGUACCAUCAGGCAGGAAACUCCGUGUACCACAACCAUCAUAACCACAACUCGCUAGGAAAGCACGUUCCAAACUCAACAAAUGCCAAUCUCAAUAAUGCCAACGUGUCCAAAGUCCAUGGAAAACACCCAGGUUUUGGGAGUCGUGAGCACCGGUCUGAGAACGGUUACCGCUCACACUCCAGGACUGACCACGAGAAGAGAAGAAGGCCAAGCAGCAGGAGAACACGCUACUAUGAAACAUAUAUUAGGUCUGACACUGGUGAUGGGCGCCGACCGACCAUUCGCCGGGAAGAACACGAAGUGCAAGACUACUGCAAUGAUGAUCAUUAUCUGGGGGAGCAGGAGUACUACAGUGGAGAAGAAUAUUAUGAAGAUGACAGUAUGUUGUCAGGAAACAGGCAUAGAUAUGAUUAUCACUGUAGAUAUCACUGCCAUGAAUCAGAUUUUGAGAGACCAAAAGGUUACCAUCACCCACAUGGUUUUUUUGAGGAAGAUGAUUCACAGAUCUGUUAUGAUACAAAAAGAUCUCCUAGGAGACGGCUGCUACCUCCAACACCACCACCACACAGACGAUCUUCCUUUAACUUCGAAUGCCUCCGCCGACAAAGCAGCCAGGAUGACAUCCCGCUCUCUCCUAACUUUCACCAUCGCACGGCUUUGCCACUUCACUUAAUGCAACAGCAGGUGAUGGCUGUGGCAGGUCUGGACUCCAGCAAAGCUCAUAAACACUCACCGAGUCGCUCAACGCGUUCCUGGGCCACGCCACCCGCCACCCCUCCCAACAGGGAGCGCUCCCCCUAUUACACCCCUCUGAUCCAGGUGGACAGGGCUGACUCCACAGAGCACAUGAACGGCAGCCUGCCCUCCCUGCACAGGAGCUCCUGGUACACGGAUGACCCCGACAUCUCCUACAGGACGUUCACCCCAGCCAGCCUGACCGUGCCCAACGACCUGCGGCACAAACACAGCGACAAGCAGAGGAGCGCCGACAGCCUGGUGGAGGCGGUCCUUAUAUCUGAAGGCCUAGGAAGGUACGCAAAGGACCCUAAAUUUGUUUCGGCUACAAAACACGAGAUUGCUGAUGCAUGUGACAUGACUAUAGAUGAGAUGGAGAGUGCAGCAAGUAACCUUCUCAAUGGGAAUAUCAGCAAUGGGACCAACGGGGAUAUGUUUCCAAUUUUAAGCAGACAAGAUUAUGAACUUCAAGAUUUUGGUCCAGGCUACAGCGACGAGGAGCCGGAAACGGGACGAUACGAAGAAGACUUAGCUGAUGAAAUGAUAUGCAUUACAAGCUUAUAGUAUUUAGCAAGGAAAAUGUUCUAAUAACAGAAAAAGUGCCUCAUAGUUUCAAGAUGCUAGGCACUAGCUGGAGUGAAUGACCAAUCCAAGUUUUGUAUGAGUGAUGUCGCACCUCAAGGAAGCCAUAACUAAUAAAUUAUUUUCUCCAGGUUGCCGAAAUGUGAACAGAGCUGCAGUAGGUCAA